AUGGAGAUGAUCAUGGGGAUGAACAUGCAGAUGAUGGACAAGGCGGAGGACAUGCUUAUGAAGCAGCCGCCGUAUCCCGAAGGCGAGCCGCUGGCCUCGGCUCAGGAGGGGAGCAACGUCACGCUCACCUGCACGGAGUCCACGUCUGCCCCGCCGGCCAAAACCACCUGGAGGCGGGGCCGGGAGCACGUGGAGAUCGUCGCCGGCGCCAAGUACUUCCUGUCCGUGGACGGCCCCACCUACCGGCUGACCAUCGCCAACGUCAGCAAGGACGACGAGGGCGUCUACUUCUGCCGCAGCGAGAACCCGCUGGCCGUGUUCGAGCUGGAGGUCUACCUCACUGUGAGAGCUUCCUUGGCUUACACGGGCGCCGUCAUCGGCGUGUUCAUCGCCGCUCUUAUCGUGGCCUCCGCCAUCGUCGUGGCCAAAGUGGUUUACUCCAACCGGCACCGAGUCUGCCUAGGAGGAGCCUUUGGGCGCCCGGGCGACAACGUAGGUGACGUGCUGAGCCUGGUGGAGUCGGACGAUGAGCUCUUCAACGCGCCCGCUCCUCGACUCCCACCGCUGACGCCGGCGAAUCAAACCACCAUGGUCCAGAUCCACCACAUCCCAUCCGGCGAGCAAGAGGACACAGGGACGACGGCCCAGACACAAGAAGAAGAUCAAGAAAAAUUGAGAGAGGAGCUGCCGGAUCUUGUAACAUUUUAGGUGUCUGGCGCUUUUUCUUUUCAUUAUAGUUGAACAUUGACCUCCAACAGAAAUGUGAAGGAUGUUUUUAUAAGGCUGUUACCAAGGUAACUAUUUGUUUCUUUGGUGUGGAGUGACCCAAGUGCCCUUACGUCACCACUCUUGAUGCUUUAGAAUGCGACUCGACCGGAAAAGUGGGAGGGGCCGGAUGUCGCCCUCGCCAGUCAGCGAGACGCCGACCAGCCUCACGUAUCGUCUUAAACAAAAAUACAGAAAAAUGUUCAUUGUAUAUAUUUGACAAUUAGAAUUUGCUGUUGAAAUGAUUACUUUUAAAGAGGAUUUAAAUUGUUCUGUAAUAGCUGUAUGAUGUAAUCACAUGUCAAUG